CACUGUCAUAUUGUCACUGCCAUUGUCAAAAACUAAAUGACAAGGAUACACAGCAACUAUGAGGUGCAUUAUGGGAUAGUAGAGGGGCAUUUUCAGCUUUUGUUCCAUGGUUGCUGAUGACAGCAGGAUUCCAGGCUGAUAUAUCCCUGCCCUCAGCACACUCACACACCUAAACAAGCAUGCCUCCACUGAAAGUUAGGCUAAAACAAAACAUCAGCCAGUUCACGCAACACAAUUUCAGCCUUUUCAUCUGAGCUUACACCUCUUGGACCAAAUGUUUUGGCUGGGGACUGUAAGCAGCACAAACAUGCAGCCAUUUGGAGGUGGGGCUUUGCCUGAGCAAUUGAAUUCACAUCACAGGUUUUAUGGGCGGUGGGUGAGGAUUUGAGUCACGUCUGGUUGAUGUCUGAACCAGGCUGACACCUGUAGCUGUACUGCAGGGGUGCGCUGGGCCUGGUUUUUAUUAGACAGUCUUCUGUGGGCAUCCAGAAAAUGAGGUUGGACUCAUCAACCAGGAUUGAGUUAAUUGCAUGCUAGUGUUUUCCUGUAAAAUCAGGGUAAUAUUGCAGGAAAACACUGAUCAGGCGCACACAAGACAGACAUGUUCAAGUACACUCCUCCCUGGCAGGUGCUGUGUAACACUCUGGAUCAUAGUUAUAAGAGGUCAUCAAUUGUGAAAGACAGCAUAUCUGAUGCAUGUGCACAUCUCUCAGAAGAGAAGGAGGAGGCCGUGAUCCAUUCCCAGCAUUCAUUGAGUCUUCACCUCAAGCCUGCUCUCAACCAUCCACCACCUAGAGUCCCAAUGACCAGUACACCGAAGCGCUGGGUGAUUAAGCCCUUGUCCCCAAAGCUAGAGCAGUCAGACUUUCGCUCUAUAUUGAGCCCUCCUAAGUCCUACUUACAGUCACCAGACCCAUGGAGCGGCAGUCAGGACGGUGACUUUCGCAAGUUCGACUUCGAAAGCAUAUCAAUAACAGGUAUAUCAUACAAAAGUAACGAAAGCACACCAGAUGUGGUGGUUCAGGCUCGGCAGGUGGCUGUGUCUGAAGAUGGAAGUGACUUUGAAGACUGCCCAGGAACCCCAAGCAGCACAGGCUCACGCGCUGGGUUUUAUUCCUUCGUAGAUGACCCGGCCAGCCCAGAAGCAGAGAUGAAUGAGGCCUACAUGCUCUCGCCUGAGAGACAGGCUAAACUGAACACUUUGAAGGAGAAGAGCGCCUUUAAGCUUCAGAGAUAUGUGGAAGAAAGGAAACCUGGGAGACUGUUUGAAGAAACUAACGGUGAUGAACGUUACAGUGUUGAGGAUCCAUCCAAAGCGAAUGAAGAAGAGGACAACCCGGACAACCCUGAUCGUAUAGAGAUAAUCCGGAACCAGGCACCGAGAAAAAGCCUUGCUCUCAAAGAACAGUGGAGUGCCUUGGAAAAUCUGGACCUUAGUCGGACUCCCCAAAAACUUUUGGAUGGGCUUAGUCUGCGUUACACCCGAGUCAGUUCAACGACUGAAGGGGCCACGGCUGAGGCAGGCACUAUAGACAAUGAGCAAAUUGAUUUUAGUGCUGCACGCAAGCAGUUUAUAAUGUUGGAGCAGUCGAAGCCAAAUCCCUUCCUGCAGAGUCCUCAACAUUAUUCCCCGAAACUGAGAGGAAGGACUCUCUCCCCAAUGGCCAGCAUCUUUCAAGCAAAACAAGUAAGCUUUAAGGAGAAUCAAAUCAAACUUGAUGAGGAACCAGAAGAUGGACUUCAGAGUUGUGCUACAGACGAUGUGGACUCUGGGCUCGGUGACCGAAGUGGAGGUUACGCUAAUGAUGGGAGUGUCAUGAAUGAUCUUUUUGUUUCAGAGAUAGUGGAGGGGGAGACACCUAUCGAAAGAGAAAUAAGAAUCAACCAAGAACGGGAAGAGAACCUACGGCGAUCGAGAGGAAUCAUGCACACACGCAAUUCAGAGAUGGUGGAGAUCAGGGCCAAGCCAAUUCUGACUAAUUUGUCUCCACAGAUUAAGCCUCUGAAAGCCAAAGAUACAAACAGAGUGAGCUUUCUCAUUCAGAGAGAGCUUGAACUGGAGAAACGGCAACAGAGGCUUUCAAAUCUUUAUAACCAAGAGCAUGAAGGGAAAUUGAAGGCAUUUGAGCCACAACCAGAUAAAGGUCCGGACACGGAAAUGGACACUGUACAGAAAGAUAAACACGAUCUCGGUGACUCGGAAGAAGCUCUUUCACCUUGUUGCCCUCAUCGACAUCCAGAUGAAUCUACACUUCAGAGAAACUACGCUGAGAGAAGGUUUGGAAACCAAAAUGCCAUAGAUGAUCCUAUGGGAAAUAUCCAUUCUAAAGUAAGGUUUUAUAAAGAAAAGAUUUUUGAGACCCCAACCGACACUCAAAGAAAAAAUAAAGAGUCGUUCUGGAUUGCCCAAAAUGGCACCAGCAUGUCAGAAAAAAGCAGAUAUCCUGCAUCCCAAUUACCAGACAACAUCCGUCAAGAUAUUGAACAGGAUCUCCAGCGAGAACAAGAGCUGAGAGAGUACAGGAGCCAAUCAUUUUCAACAAACGGAGACCUGGACAACUACCCAAAUAAGGAUCUUAAAUACACAACAACUUCCAGUGAGGAAACAUCACAAUCUUCACAGAAAGACCUGAUAGAAGUGGAUUGCGUACCUUCAGAUAAAUUGAAGACAGAUAAUAGUUAUCGUUAUUCCUGGAAUCAGGACACUUCCUCCAGAUUAUCCAUGCCAGAUAAAGGGUCACGGCUAGGUUUUAGAUUGCCUUCUGUGUCCAUCAUGACACCCCAGCCGUGGGGCAACUUAAGCCCCAUCUCUCCUGUUUCACGGGUAACCCCAAUCAAACCCUCGGGCCAGCAUGCUGACGUGUCCUCGCCUCUAUCUCAGAAAGGUCUCACUGAGACACUGCUGAAAGAUUUUGAGGACAGACGGGUCAAGCUAAAGCUGGAGGAAAGUGCGUAUGCGGGGAUACAACCCAUUGAUGCCAUUAAUAAUGAGGUCGUAGGGUCCACCCGUGUAACAAGGCAUAAAAACCGCAGAGCUCUGCAGUGGGAGGCUGGCGUGUACGCAAACGAGGAGGCCUAAAAUAACGGCAUCCACACAUGAAGUUGAAUUUGUGGAGCUGGUUAAAAUUCCCAGUUGCACUUAAAGGCACAUCACCAAUGCUCACAAAGUUUCAUUCACGGACAGUUUGGAUGGUUGUUUAGGAGUGGAGGAAGUAGAUGCAGGUGUGGAGGACAUUAGAUAUAAAUUCGCUUCUGUAGAGAAGAACUAUUUUGACAUUUUCUUUAUACUUUUAGCACUAAAAACUAACAUUUAACUCACCAUGUCAGAUAAACAGCACACACUACUUUCCCAUGAAAAAUAUUAAACACAGUUUAUGAAUCAAUGCAAGACCUGACAAUACAACAUGAAAUAUGAUGAUAAAGUUGGUAAAGUCUUGACCUGGUGAACAACUUAUAACACUGAAGUAUGGUCAUCUAACAAUCUACUAAGUAAUGUUGAUGACGACAUUUUGAAUGAUGACAACAAAAAAAUAUUAAUUGUUAUAUUUUGCUGUAUUUUUGAUAGGAACUGUACAUAAAAAUAUUACAAUCUAUAUUAAUCUAGUUGGAAAUGAAUAUAACAAAAGCUUUUAAAAUAUUUAUGAUUGUGCACAUGAUUUUUAUUUAGACAAAAAGAAUGCUUUUUACAUUGUCUUAGCUUUUAUUUUCACGUUCACAAUUUAAGCUUCCCAAUGAUAUGUAACAGAGUUUGGUCAUUUAUUUUUCAUAACAGCAAAGAGUAAUGUGCAAUACGGUGUCUUAGUAUUUUCUUUUUGUUUGUUUAAAUAUCAACUCAUGUAUUGUCAAGAUAAUUGUUAAACCCUCACAACAUUUCACAUACUUACAUAUUUAUACACUUCAAUCGUUUAAUUGAUAACACAUGUGCAAUAAUAAUUUAUAAAGAAUUCUGAUGUUCUCAGUCCAAUGCAGUUCUUUGAAAUGGCACGUGCUCUGUCGUGACACAACAGCGCCCUCUGGAGUAUGACUGUGUUAAUGCUUGUUUUACAGUAAUACAUUCUCAGUUCUUGCCAUGCCAAUGGAUUUAUUUGCUUUUUACAUUACCGAGUUUAGUUAACAUUAUUUGACUGUGCAAACACACAAUUGAAUUUUUGAUAAAAUUUCAGUAUUUUUCCACAUCAA